AAUCUUUAAAAUCUAUCCCGCUACACCGUUCCGUUAUAGAAAAACAUCAAGUCUUCUCGCCGUUGUAAAAUUAGGGCAAAGACUAGGGUUUCGCAUCCGUACUUAGAUGCUCUGUCAAUUUAAUUUGGUCAAUUUGACGUCAAUUGUAGUAAAUCUUCCUGUCCAAUCACUAAGAAUCGGUUCAUAUAUGUGAUUGUGUUGAUGGUCAUGAGCCCUGUAAGAGAUGGCGAUGUUUCUUUAGUGAAGCAGGAUAGAAAUUUUAAGCCAGACUCGAAGCGGAGAAAGGUUGAUACAAGGAGACCUUCAGGGAAAUAUUGCGGUGUUGGUGGAGUUUAUGAUGAAGAGUGCAUUGUAGAAAUAGCGAAUAAAAGGGCAAAGGUUGAGUGUUUAGAUCAUCCGGGAUGUGAUAAUGGAUAUAAUUCCGAGUGUAAGGAUUUGAUCAGCACAAAGUGUGGUCGGGAAGUUGAGCGUUUUGUAGGUUCUAGAGCGAUAGACGGUGAAGUGGAAGAAGGAGAGAUUGUGGAAGAAGAUAUUGAGGGUGAAGUUAAUGUUGGAAGUGGAAAGGGUAUUGCUGAAUCUGGAAAGAGUGAGCACUCAACAGAAGUUGAAGAAGGGGAGAUUAUAGAAGAUGCUGUUAGUGAUUAUGUUGAGGAUGUAAACGGGGAGGGAGAUGAUGUUGAAAUCGAUAAGCCUGUGGAUGAAACUGGAAGAAAUUCGAACAGUUGGGGGAUGGUUUGUUACAAUGACAGGGAAACAAACUUGCCCGAGAAUAAAAGUGCAUCUCCAAGAGAUGUCGAAGGAGGGAUUAUGAAAGGUGAUUUUAAUGACUCUAUUGAAGUUGUAAUUGGGACGGGUACUGAAGUUGAAAAGGAUAAAAAGGUGCAUGUGACGGAAACAAAUUUGAAGAAUCAGGAGAUGAUCUGUUACAAGGAGGCGGAAACAAGUUUGAAUAGUCAGGAGAUGGUUUGUUACAAUGCUCAAAGCAUCAAAAGCUGCGAUUAUAUAAUGAUAGAUGAUCCCAAAAAAGGCACUGGGCACAACUUAAAUGGCGAAAUUAAUGGUUCAAAGAUGUGCUCCCAAGGUACAAAAUCUGUUCUGAGGAAACAAGGAAAACGGGUUUCUGAUUGUGCACCUACUAUAGCUACCCUUAGUAGAUUCAAAGCAAAGGCUGAUGGUUCUAACAAUUGUCCAGUCGAACCUAAAAGAAGUAGUGUGCCAAAAAUGAAUUUUGCUAAAAGGGUAUCUGUUUUAUAUGGUAAAGGGGAAGGCAGAGAUACUCUAGCUGACAAAAAAUUAAAUAAUAUGAGCAUUGUUCCUCAUGAUGGCCAGGAAACUCCAAUUCGCAAAAAGGUGAAGGAAACUUUAAAUCUGUUCCAGCAGGUCUUGCAAAAGUUGUUACUAGGCAAAGAAAAGGUUUCACAAUAUACUUACGUAGAAGCUGCAAUGCAAGUUAAGGAACAAGGGAAGUGGGUUAAUAUGGAUAGGCGAAUCUUGGGAGCUGUUCCAGGUGUUGAAAUUGGGGACAAAUAUCACUGUAGGGCAGAACUUGUUAUCAUUGGCUUGCAUCACCCGUUUGCUGCUGGUAUAGAUUCCAUGGAGGUUGAUGGGAAAAAGAUUGCUAUCAGCAUCGUGGCCUCAGGUCGUUAUGCUAAUGAAACGGAAUUUCCAGAUGUUAUAACUUAUUCUGGUGAAGGAGGAAAUCCAGCUAUUAAAGACAGGGAGCUUAAAGAUCAGAAACUUGAGCGAGGUAACCUUGCCUUAAAGAAUAGCAUGGAUGCGGAAACUCCAGUAAGGGUUGUUCGAGGUUAUCGAGCUUGGAAGUCGUUUAGAGCCGGGGACAAGAAGAGGGAGAAAGAAGCAACAUUUACUUAUGAUGGUUUAUAUGUUGUGAGUAAGUAUUGGCAAGAGAAAGGGAGACAUGGGAAUUUGAUUUAUAUGUUUCAACUGAACAGAAUAAAAGGUCAGCCAAAACUUACAGUAAAUAGUUUGAGUUCAGAAACGUCCACAAUAUCGGGCAGUUCAGCAAAUUCUUCUAUAUCUAGAAGAUCAAGAAAAUGCAAAAGAAUAUUAAGCAAGAUUGGAAGAUCUAACCCGUUGAACAUGCCAGAAAAUUGUCAAACAUUGAUCACGUUGGGAAAAGCUGAAGUCCCUCGCAAUCCUAUAUUGGUAGAUGACAUUUCUUAUGGGAAAGAAAAGAUAGCUAUACGCUUAGUUAAUGACAUUGAUGAUGCGAUACCUCCUGUCUUUAAUUAUAUAGCCAAUAUGGUAUAUCCACACUUGAGAAAAUCCUCUACUAAGACAAAAAGUUGCCAGUGUAUGGACGGGUGCUCCGAUAGUGUCAAAUGUUCUUGUGUUGUCAAAAAUAGAGGUAAAGUACCAUUUAAUGAAGAUGGAGCGAUCCUUAGACAAAAGACUAUCAUUUAUGAGUGUGGUCCAUCUUGCAAAUGCCCCCCUUCUUGCAAUAAUAGAGUUAGCCAGCUUGGCAUAAAGUUUGAGUUAGAGGUCUUUAGGACUGAGUCAGUGGGAUGGGGCCUUCGGUCACGAGAUUUUAUACCGUCUGGAAGUUUUAUCUGUGAAUAUGUAGGGGAGUUGCUAGAGGACUCGCAAGCUGAGGAAAGAAGUGAUUGUGAUGAUUAUUUGUUUAAUUUAGGAGGGAAUGAUGAAUAUACUAUUGAUGCAGGUAUUUAUGGGAAUGUUGGAAGAUUUCUCAAUCACAGUUGUUCACCCAACUUGUAUGCUCAAAAUGUCCUCUAUGAUCACGGUGACAAGAGGAUGCCUCACGUGAUGCUAUUCGCUACCAGCGAUAUACCUCCUUUACAAGAGUUGACUUUUGAUUACAACUAUGAAAUAGAUAGUGUUUAUGAUGCGAAUGGAAAUGUGAAGACCAAAACUUGUUGCUGUGGUGCUCCUGAUUGUAGCGGACGAAUGUAUUGACAGAUUUUUAUUUUUCAAUAACUUGUCGAAGGAGACAGAACAGUCUUUCAUAAGUGUAAGCCUGGUUUAUGAAUAUAGUUGUGAUGUGUCAUCUAAGCAUUUAUUUGUUACAAAAUUAAUGUGAAGAUUCGUUUUUAUUGUC